GGAUCGGAUCGAGGAUUAGAGGUGUGAACGGUAUCGAAGCAGCGGCAUCAGACAUACCCAGAGGGCAGCGAGAGAGCAACCUGGGCCUCGACGGGCGGCUAUGGACCCCAGGGAGACAACAGACCCCUCGGUGCCCCCGGGCCCUUUGACUCACCUGAGCCUGCCAGACAGCUCAGAGGUGCGGCUACAGAGAGACGGGCCCAGCCUCCUGGGGAGUUGGACCAGGUCACCCCCGGAGCAUGCCGCCAUCCUGAGGGAAGGCGUGCGGACAUGCCUGCAGCAAAGACGUGAGCAGACUGUGUGGAUCCUGCAUGCCAAGGUGGCCCAGAAAUCCUAUGGAAAUGAGAAGCGGUUCUUCUGCCCUCCGCCCUGUGUCUACCUCGCCGGCCCCGGCUGGAGGGUGAAGCCAAUGCAAGACCAAGCCCACCAGUCUGCUGAGACCGGGCCCACCGUCUGCGGUUACAUGGGACUGGACGGUGCGUCCGGCAGCGCUCCUGAAACUCAGAAGUUGAACUUCGAAGAGCAGCCGGACUCCAGGGAAUUUGGUUGUGCCAAGACCCUGUACAUCUCCGACGCGGACAAGAGGAAGCACUUCCGGCUGGUGCUGCGGCUGGUGCUGCGGGGUGGCCGGGAGCUGGGCACUUUCCACAGUCGCCUCAUCAAGGUGAUCUCCAAGCCCUCACAGAAGAAGCAGUCGCUGAAAAACACAGACCUGUGUAUCUCCUCGGGCUCCAAGGUCUCCCUUUUCAAUCGCCUGCGCUCUCAGACAGUGUCCACGCGCUACCUCUCUGUGGAAGAUGGGGCCUUUGUGGCCAGCGCAAGACAGUGGGCUGCCUUCACCCUCCAUCUGGCUGAUGGGCACUGUUCCCAAGGGGACUUCCCACCCCAAGAAGGUUACAUCCGCUACGGCUCCCUGGUGCAGCUUGUCUGCACGGUCACAGGCAUCACACUGCCUCCUAUGAUCAUCCGAAAAGUGGCCAAGCAGUGUGCCCUCCUUGACGUGGACGAACCCAUAUCCCAGCUGCACAAGUGUGCGUUCCAGUUUCCAGGUGACACCCCAGGAGGGGCUGGCACCUACUUAUGCCUUGCCACAGAGAAGGUGGUGAGAUUCCAGGCUUCCCUCUGCCCUAAGGAGGCCAACAGGGCGCUGCUUAAUGACAGCUCUUGCUGGACCAUCAUUGGCACCGAGUCAGUGGAGUUCUCCUUCAGCACCAGCCUGGCCUGUACUCGGGAGCCUGUCACUCCAGUGCCUCUCAUCAGCACUCUGGAGCUGAGCGGUGGAGGUGAUGUGGCCACGCUGGAGCUGCACGGAGAAAAUUUCCACGCUGGGCUAAAGGUGUGGUUCGGAGAUGUGGAGGCAGAAACCAUGUACAGGAGCCCUCGGUCCUUGGUGUGCGUGGUGCCGGACGUGGCGGCCUUUGGCAGCGACUGGCGUUGGCUGCGCACUCCCAUCACCGUGCCCGUGAGCCUGCUGCGCGGAGAUGCUCUCUUCUACCCCAGCGCCUUCUCCUUCACCUACACCCCAGAAUACAGCGCGCGACCACGGCCGCCCAACGCCCAAGAGCCUGCCCCCGACGCAGACGCACUUCUGGAGAGCAUCCACCACGAGUUCACACGCACCAACUUCCACCUCUUCUGCCCCACCUAGGCAGUGCCACUGAGGCUGGCUCCGGCCUGCUAGCAGCUAUCCCUCAGGGCGUCCCUUGCCUUGUGCUACAAAAGAGCAGGAGGGAGGGAGAUAUCUCAUCUGGCUUCAGGCCACUUGGUGUCCUCAGACAUACAGUAACUGUCAAUCAUGAGUGAAGUUCAGAUGUCUUCACGGUAUGCGUGCUUCCUGUUUUCGUAGCCCUUGUAGUUUUAUUCUUCCGUCUUUGUCUCUUUCUGGCUCUUCCUGUGUCGGUGACCAAUUCUGAGGAACCAAGCCUACGGCAUUUGUUCUCCAGACACCUCUGUCCUUACUUGAAAACAAGUUACUAGAGUGUCUUGGGCCUUGACCCCAUGAUGUCCCUCUUAGAGCGAGGCAUCUAUCUGCCCUAUGGUGACACUCUCUAUGUC